AUGGCGACCGGAACGGGCAAACACAAGCUGUUGAGUAGUGGCCCCACAGAACCAUGGUCCAUCCGAGAGAAGCUUUGUUUAGCAUCUUCUGUCAUGCGGAGUGGGGAUCAAAAUUGGGUAUCGGUUAGCAGAGCAAUCAAGCCCUUUGCAGAACCUGGCCGCCCUCCAGACUGGUUCUCGCAAAAACAUUGUGCUUCUCAGUACUCUGAACUUCUAGAAACUACCGAGACCCCAAAACGGAAACGGGGUGAAAAGGGAGAAGUGGUGGAAACUGUUGAAGAUGUCAUUGUUCGGAAACUGACUGCUGAACGAGUUGAGGAAUUAAAGAAAAUGAUAAAGGAAACCCAGGAAAAAUAUAGACGACUGAAAAGAGAUGCAGAACUAAUUCAAGCCGGGCACAUGGACAGCAGACUGGAGGAGCUUUGCAAUGACAUUGCAACGAAAAAGAAAUUGGAGGAAGAGGAGGCUGAAGUAAAGAGGAAGGCUACGGAUGCUGCAUAUCAAGCUCGUCAAGCAGUAAAAACACCCCCUCGGAGGUUACCCACCGUGAUGGUUCGAUCUCCUAUAGAUUCUGCCUCCCCAGGAAGUGAUUAUCCACUUGGGGACUUGACUGCAACCACUAUGGAAGAGGCCACCUCUGGGGUAACCCCUGGGACUUUGCCGAGUACCCCAGUCACCUCGUUUCCUGGGAUUCCUGACACCCUUCCUCCAGGCUCUGCACCCUUAGAAGCCCCCAUGACCCCAGUAACAGAUGAUUCACCCCAGAAAAAGAUGCUUGGACAGAAAGCAACUCCACCCCCCUCCCCUCUGCUGUCAGAGCUCUUGAAGAAGGGCAGCCUCCUGCCUACUAGCCCCAGACUGGUCAAUGAGAGUGAAAUGGCUGUGGCUUCUGGCCACCUGAACAGUACAGGUGUCCUCCUGGAGGUAGGCGGGGUCCUUCCCAUGAUACAUGGUGGGGAUUUGCAGCAAACAUCCAACACUGUUGCAGCCUCCCCUGCUGCCUCAGGUGCUCCCACUCUUUCCCGGCUUUUAGAAGCUGGUCCUACACAGUUCACCACACCUCUUGCUUCCUUCACUACUGUUGCCAGUGAGCCUCCAGUUAAACUUGUGCCACCCCCUGUAGAGUCUGUGUCCCAGGCUACCAUUGUCAUGAUGCCUGCGCUACCAGCACCAUCCUCUGCUCCGGCUGUCUCCACUCCUGAGAGUGUAGCUCCAGUGAGUCAGCCUGACACUUGUGUUCCCAUGGAGGCUGUGGGGGAUCCACAUACUGUGACUGUUUCCAUGGAUAGCAGUGAAAUCUCCAUGAUUAUCAAUUCUAUCAAAGAGGAGUGUUUCCGAUCAGGGGUAGCAGAGGCUUCUGGAGGAUCAAAGGCUCCCAGCAUAGAUGGGAAGGAAGAUUUAGAUCUGGCUGAGAAGAUGGAUAUAGCUGUGUCUUACACAGGUGAAGAACUUGAUUUUGAAACUGUUGGAGACAUCAUUGCUAUCAUUGAGGACAAGGUAGAUGAUCAUCCUGAAGUGCUGGAUGUGGCAGCAGUGGAAGCAGCAUUGUCGUUCUGUGAAGACAAUGAUGAUCCUCGGUCUCUGCCUGGCCCCUGGGAGCACCCUAUGCAGCAGGAACGGGACAAGCCAGUACCUCUUUCUGCACCAGAAUUGACAGUCAAGCAAGAGAGGCUGGACUUUGAGGAAUCAGAAAACAAAGGAAUCCAUGAACUGGUAGACAUCAGAGAACCUGGUGUUGAGAUCAAAAUGGAACCUACAGAACCAGAGCAAGGCAUUUCAGGGGCUGAAAUAGUCACUGGGGUUGCUCCAGCCACAUGUAUGGAGCCACCAGAACUCAGGAAUCAGGACAUAGAUGAGGAACCCAGAAAUACUGCAGCUGGAGAGAUUGCUGAAGUAGACGUUGCCAGUGGGAAAAGCGAUGAGACUGCACUUACAGCUGUAAAGACAGAGGCAUCCCCCGAGAGCAUGCUAUCUCCAUCACAUGGCUCAAAUCCCAUGGAAGAUCCUUUAGAGGCAGAAACUCAGCACAAAUUUGAAAUGUCAGACUCAUUGAAAGAAGAAUCAGGGACUAUUUUUGGAAGCCAGAUAAAGGAUGCCCCAGGUGAGGAUGAGGAGGAAGAUGGAGUCAGUGAAGCAGCCAGUCUAGAGGAGCCUAAGGAAGAAGAUCAAGGAGAAGGCUACUUGUCAGAAAUGGAUAACGAACCCCCUGUGAGCGAGAGUGAUGAUGGCUUUAGUAUACACAAUGCUACUCUGCAGUCCCACACACUGGCGGACUCCAUCCCCAGCAGUCCUGCUUCUUCACAGUUCUCUGUCUGUAGUGAGGAUCAGGAAGCUAUUCAAGCACAGAAAAUCUGGAAGAAAGCCAUCAUGCUUGUAUGGAGAGCUGCAGCUAAUCAUAGAUAUGCCAAUGUGUUUCUGCAGCCUGUUACAGAUGACAUAGCACCUGGCUACCACAGCAUCGUGCAGAGGCCAAUGGAUUUGUCAACAAUUAAGAAAAACAUUGAAAAUGGACUGAUCCGAAGCACAGCUGAAUUCCAGCGUGACAUUAUGUUGAUGUUCCAGAAUGCUGUAAUGUAUAAUAGCUCGGAUCAUGAUGUCUAUCACAUGGCAGUAGAGAUGCAGCGAGAUGUUUUGGAGCAGAUCCAGCAAUUCCUGGCCACACAGUUGAUUAUGCAAACAUCUGAGUCUGGGAUCAGUGCUAAAAGUCUUCGAGGAAGAGAUUCUACUCGCAAACAGGAUGCUUCAGAGAAGGAUGGUGGCACCAGGGGGCGCCGCUGUGCCAUUGAAGCAGAUAUGAAGAUGAAAAAGUGA